AUCACUUUUCUUCACACUACCAAACUAAAAAUAUCGUCUUACUCUCAUACCUAAAUAAGUUUAAAAUCUUCUCAAGAGUUAGAAACAAAUAUGGACAAGAAAGACGCUAGCGCAAAAGCUGGUUCGGUAGCCCCCCAGAGCCAGAGCAGCACUUCAAGAAGUGGCACUCCUCCCGGUACAGGGAAUAUGGUUGCGCCCGGUUUGGGUGGUUCUGCUCACAUCCCUAGAGAUGCGUUUGAGGCCAAUCCCAAGGCUUAUUUUGACGAUCUCCAUGCCAAGGAGAAGGCAAACAAGUGAAUAAAAAAGUGUACUCAUAGUGCUUAAAAACAUAAACACUUGUUUGUUUAUGCUCCUAUUAAUAAGAAUCAUUAUCUUUAAAUAAAUGAGAAUUAUCUCUCUUCUAUGA